AUGCCUUCUACAACAUUAGGAAAGAGGACUCGAAGCUCAAAGCAAGAGGAGCCGAUAUUGAGUCUCGACUUCUCGGCAAAGCGUGUCAGGCGUACCCCGAGAAAGAUCAGCGAGAAGGAGCGCCUCUCGUUCUGCGAUAAGGAGAAUCAGGAGAACGAACAACCCGAGUCUGAUUCGGAGGGGGAGGAGUCGACGCCCACGAAACCCACAUCCAGACGGACGUCAAUCGCCAGCACAGCCAAGAGCCCCGAUAUCGCGCCCGUCACUCCUUCAACCCCGCGCCAUUUCGAUGUUUUCGCCAGGACCGCAACGACGCCCCGUCAGCGGGUCAUGUCGGUUGGCAGGCUCUCCAAGCGGAUGACACCUCAGACGCCUUCCACUUCGAGUACUCUACAGACAGUCUACCACCAGGCGAGGCAGCUCUUUUCGCGCAGCGCGGACCCUGGGCAGCUGAUCGGACGUGACGAUGAGCGGGACCAACUCUACAAGUUCUUGGGCCGCUGCAAAACGUCUCGGCCGAGUGGAUGUCUUUACGUUAGUGGGCCGCCAGGCACGGGCAAGAGCGCGAUGGUGAACAAAAUCACUGAGGAGGCCGCGUCGGAAUCCGAGUCUGUCCGAAAAACCUACAUCAACUGCAUGAGCAUCAAGACGUCCAAGGACCUGUACAUUACGUUGCUGGACCAGCUAGGCGGGGACGCCAACAUGACAGAAAGCGACGUCGUUGAGGCCCUGCAGAAGCUCUUUCUCCGCAAGAAGCCGACCGACGUCUUCCUGGUUGUGUUGGACGAGAUCGACCACAUCCUCACCAUGGAUCCCGAGAGCCUUUACCGCGUGUUUGAGUGGUCGCUGCAGCCGGCCUCGCGGCUUACCCUGGUGGGCAUCGCCAACGCGCUAGAUCUCACCGACCGUUUCCUCCCUCGACUCAAGUCCCGCAACCUGAAGCCGGAACUCCUCCCGUUCCUCCCGUAUACCGCACAGCAGGUCAAGCGAAUUAUUACCGAGCGGCUCAAGAUUCUCGCUCCCAAAGGUGCCGCUCCGGACUUCGUCCCAUUCUUCCACCCAGCGGCAAUCGAGCUCUGCGCCCGCAAGGUCUCGAGUCAGACAGGCGACCUGCGCCGCGCCUUCGAGAUCUGCCGGCGUGCGCUCGACCUGGUCGAGUCCGAAACUCGUCUCAAGCACGAAAACGAAAUCAAAGAGAUGCUCCUCCAGCAAAGCCCCUCGCGCAAGAUCCUCGGCGAGAACUGCAACUUCGUCUCCCCCUCCCCAGCCCGUCCCUCGUCCGCCCAACAACUCCUCCAUAAAUCCUUGCAGACCCUGACCGUCUCGACCGCACCUCGCGUAACCAUCGCCCACCUCAAUAAGGUCACAGCCGCCGCCUUCAGCAACGGCGCCGCCCAACGCCUCAAGACGCUCAACCUGCAGCAGAAAGCAGCCCUGUGUUCUCUCAUGGCAAUCGAGAAGCGAAACCGUGCCGCCCAGGCCCAGGCUACUUCCACGCCCAUCCCAGCCACACCUUCCUCCGGCUGCCGGUCCCGCGGUACGAGUGCGACGGCGCCGACUAUAAAGACCCUCUACGAAGCGUAUUGCACUCUCUGCACGCGCGACUCGCUGCUCCACCCGCUGACGUCGUCCGAAUUCCGCGAGGUCGUCGGUAGCCUCGAGACGCUGUCGCUCAUUACGCCCGUGAACGGCAAGAGCGGGUCGUUUGCGGGCGUCCCGAGCACGCCUAGCAGUGGCCGCGGGGGGAGGAAGAAGGACGUAUUUGCCUUUUCGGGGGCUGGCGGUGUCCGUGGUGGAAGUGGGUUGGUCAUGAUGGACGAGAAGAGGGUUGCGAGCUGUGUUGGGGAGAAAGAGAUGGAGGGGGCCGUGGAGGGGAUGGGGGCGGGGAUACUGAGGGGAAUUUUGAGCGGCGAGGCUUUGGAUUGA